UCAUCAUAGGCAUCAAUAAUUGUGUCAUGGCCGCUAUGGGCACGCAAGAAAGUUUGAAAUCCGAUGUGGACGAUGAAUACUCGCUUAUCGUGACUUGCCACGAGACAGUGCACGUGCCGUUGCCUCCUGCUUACAUUGGUUCUGAAGGAAGGGGAAUUAAAACGCUGUUGGAAAGCUGGAAAGGACAGUAUGUUGAGAGACUACACGGGGUCCUUCUGGGAUACGAGAACCUCAAGUUCGUUGAAGCGAGUGGCACGAUUAUUGACGACCAGCCGUUUGUGCACCAAGAUGUUGUCGGAGAUUUUCAAGUUUUUAGGCCAGAGACUGGUUCUAUCGUACGAGCUCACAUCAACAGAAUGAGUAAAAACCAUGUGGGCUGCCUCGUGCAUAAUUGGAUCAAUUUAUCCAUCCUGUUGCCCCCAAAUCCUUCUCCAGAGUUGUCGCGAUACCUCAACAUGGGACAGGAAAUACUAUGCAAAAUAACGUCAGUGUCAGUGUACCGUCACAAUGCACUCAAACUUCGUGGCUCAAUCACAUCUGAAUGCCUCAAGUUAAUGGGAGACACCAUACCGCUGAUACAGACAUCUUACGACGAAGAGCUGGUGGAAUACGAGAGCAACUUUGGAGAUGACUGGAACGAUAACUGUGGCUCUGACGCGGAGGUCGGGGCACAGUCGGAGCUGUGCUACCUGGAGCCCGAUGAAGACUUUUCUAUGAGGCCACGGGGCCAGCUGCUGCCAGAAGAUGGCUCAUUAACCUCGAUGGAACCACCACAAGUGCUGCAGUCACCAGAAAAGCCAAAGAAGAAGAGGAAGAGUGUUGGCAAAGAGAUGCAGGCCAGUGUGCAUGCCAGUCAGUCAAGUGACGCACCGGUGAGCCAAGACUCAGAGUUUUCGGCUCCUGCCCUUUCUGACUCCGGAAAGACAAAAGCCAAGAAAAAAAAAAGAAAACGGGAGGAUGAUGGUGACGACGGUGCCCCUACAGCUAAGAAGCGAAAAGAAGAGAAGAAAAAAAGAGGACAAGAGAUGAACGAAAGGAAGAAAGAGAAGAGGCAAAAGAAAGAAAAAACGCUAAAGAUGGACACCGAAGACAAUGCCAGCAGCACAGUUUCAUAUUCCAGUGACCGUCUGUCAGCUUCCGAAAGUGCUUUCAUCAAAGACAUUAUCAAGAAGAAAAAGAAAAAGGAGAAAAUGCCAAAGGUGGACAUUGAAAACUUUGGCAGUAGCACAGCUUCGUUCUGCAGCGAUCAUCUCUCGGCUGCAGAGACAGCUUCAAUUCCAGGUACUGAUAAGAAGAAAAAGAAGACUCUGAAGAUGGAAGUUGAAGACAUUGCCAGUAGCACGGCUUCGUUUUGCAGUGACCGUCUCUCAACUGCUGAAACGGCCUCUAUCCAAGACAUUGCCGAGCCGAUUACCAUAGAGCACGAGUUGACCGUGUCUCCCACAAAGCAUAAAAAGAAGCACAAGAAGAGCAAGAAGGAAAAUGGUCCAUCAUGUGAUGCUGGUGUAGACUCGGUGUGUUCAGAUGUAAGUUUGAAGGUGAAGAAAAAGAAGAAGAAAAAAGACAAAAUGGAACACUGACAAUUUAGUCUUGAGAAUGUUGAUUUUUAGGGGCGAAUGAAUUGCUGCUCACAGCUGGCCACCCGAGAGGAGACUUGAGAAGUCUUGUUAUCAAGGCCAUUUUCUGCUCCUCCUAAUGAAUUGAAGCAUAAUUUUAUGUCACACUUUUCACAGAGUUCAGGCUACCCUGAAACAUGUCAUUGUAAAUUUCAUUGUUCAUGUCACAAUACAUUGCAUGUUUUAUUUUUCUGUUAACACAUCUGGACAGUCAUGGUUGUUUUACUUUAUUCCAUAAUUACCAUGCCCACUUUUUAUUGCAUUGCCUUUUUUUUCCGCUUUAAAGUUAAUGUGUUUUCACUAAGUGGGGUACAUUACUAGAUGCAUCAGUGUGUAGCAGCAUCGAUGUCGAAGAGGAUAUGGAGAUGUAAGCUCCGAUGAGUCCCUAAAGAGGCAGAGAUGAUGCUCCAUUUGGAUGUGUUCAUUUGAUCAUGAAGUAGUGAUUACUUACUAUCAUUGGUUGCAGUGAAUAAAGGGCAUUGUCAUUCUCGA